UCCCGAUGGUCAGGGAUCACCAUUUCUAUUUCAACUUGGAAAGGCAACGGCAAGUUUAACUGGUGGAGCACUUAUAAGAAUGUUCAAAGGGCCAAUGAGAUCAAAGAUGGAAUUAAGUUAAAAGCUAAUGAGAUCAAAGAUGGAAGUGAAGAUAAGCGUCAACACUCAGAUAGCGAGGAAGAAACUAUGCAGAACAAUGAAGAUGGAAAGAAAAACAAGAAAAGAAAAAGGAAGCAAGUAACCGACCUCCGGUUUGAAACAACAGUGGAUAAGUUAGGCGGCACUUCUAAACGACGGAAGCGCAAGAAAAAGUAUUUUGAAGCAAAGAAGGAAAAGCAUAAGACUGCUAGAACAGAAGAGAACUUUGACUUUCCUGGAAGAGAGAACAUAAAAUUUGGAGAUGUGGUUGAAGCUCCAUUGAAGUUGGUUACAGUACUCAAGGUAAUAUUUUAUCAUUUGAUAUUUUACAUUAAAGAUUAUGCUAGUACUUUUCCUCUCAAACUGGGGUUUGUUCUUUUACAGGGAUCCAAGACCUUACUAGAUGCUUCCAAGGAGAGGGUAAGGUUACAGGCUAUUGAGGCCUACAGGAAUCGCAAAGGAUGGACCUCAAGACCAGGGGCAUCUCAACUACCUCCUGCGACUACAUUAGUCAUUGAAGACUAUUUCUACUUCAAGCGUACGCUUCAAUUGGCAUUGUUAAUUUGUUUCUGCUUGCCUGAGCUAUACGGUGUCCACUUGAAUGAGUGAUCAUCCUGCUGUUGAGUGC